CGUACAACGUGUCUGUGACGUCAUAGAGCUUAUGACGUAACAAUUGAUAUACCUACUUGAAGUUAUCAUCAUGGCAGCGAAUGGUUUAAUAAACAAAGAAAAACUUAGAAAAACGCAUCUUUGUUUCGGAAACGAUUCCCCGGGGAAGAUUUCUUCCUACUGGAGAGACUACGGUCCGGACACCCUGAUCCCGUGUCCUCUACCAUCCAUAGGCCACCGGCCUCAAACACAUGUGGAGGUGCUACCGGUCAGUGACUACAGUGCAGACAGUAGAUUCCUGACCUCCACCAAACAGCACUACUCCCUCUAUAACAAGGAGAUCUCGGACAGGAUCCGUCAGCGCUGUCUUCAGAGCUCCGAUAUCAACAAGGCUCUCCAUGGGGGUAGGAGCGUCACUAACUACCAAGAGACGCUCCCCCCGGUCACCAGGCACAGACUGGACUACCGACCCCUGAUCUUAGAGGCCGGCCCCAGCAGUCAGGGGGUCAUCAGAAGAGUCAGGGACAGAUCCGGGCCCAUUCGGUUCAAAGAAUCUACCAUUGCAACUGAAGCUAUGCACGCUUUCCAGUGGCCAAAAGCUCGCGCGCUGCCGCCAUGGUUACAAAAAAACCCCGUUCAUUAG